AAGCAAACACUGUACUGUCUUAGAACCAACAACACCUGAAUUAUCCUUGCAAUUUAUUGGUACAAUAACCAUAAACGGACUUCAGGGCAGCGCUAGGGGGUGGCAACUUGUACCCGCACCUGUUAUAGGAAGAGGAAAUUUUCAACACUGAUGCUGCUGCUCGCUCAGGGAGGGGCGGGGGUGCGGCGCGCUUCUUUGGGGUCUCCUGAGCACAGUCUUUGCCUCUCUAUCGCCUCUCCAGCAUGUAUUCCUUGAACAGCAUCAAACUCUGAAAAAUCACAAUUUUUUAAUUCAGUAACAUAUAUAUUCCACAAGGAUGAAAAUUCUCACAACGGAAAGUAUUUCAACAUCUUGGCUUCCUUUGAUAAGAGGGUGAGGGUUUUCUGGAACAGGGCCAGCGAUCUUCAGACUCCAGGAUCAGGAUAGCAAUGCAGAGGCCUUAAACCUCCAAUCAUAAAUGAUGCCUCAAACCAGCAUGCGGCAAAGCUUUAAACCAGGAUACAGCAAAGCUUUAAACCAGGAUACAGCAAAGCUUUAAACCAGCGCACAGCAAAGCUUUAAACCAGCGUGCUGCGAAGCCUUAAACCAGCACACAGAAAACCUUAAACCAACAGAGAGUGAAGCUUAAACCAGCAAACACUGAAGCUUAAACUAGCAUUUAGUGAAGCCUUAAACCAGUGAACAUAGCACAUCUGCCCUGACAUCUUCAAUCCUGAGCUCCAGCCCCACAUUCACAAUAAGGACGCCUCCAGGUCAAAUACAGCACGCUGGUAAGAUAGUAAGGACAGUAACUGCAUAUUAAAAAUUGCUCUCAAGACAGUGAGAAGGCAGUGCCCUCUCUAUCUCUGAGCGAGUGGCUGUAUUUUAACCCAAAAGAUAAAGAUGUCAUCUGUCAACACUGAAAAUGGACCAGGACAGACCCAGAGCAGGAGCCGUGACAAAACACUGAAGAAGCCCACCUCGUCUGCGCUGAGCGGUGCGAUUCAGCUGGGCAUCGGCUACACCGUGGGCAACCUGACCUCCAAGCCAGAUCGAGAUGUGCUCAUGCAGGACUUCUACAUGGUGGAGAGUGUCUUCAUGCCCAGCGAAGGGAGCAACUUGACCCCGGCUCAUCACUAUCCGGACUUCCGCUUCAAAACCUACGCCCCCAUGGCCUUCCGCUACUUCCGCGAGCUUUUCGGGAUCAAGCCCGACGACUACCUGUACUCCAUCUGUAAUGAGCCCCUGAUCGAGCUCUCGAACCCCGGGGCCAGCAGCUCUUGGUUCUACGUGACGAGUGACGAUGAAUUCAUCAUCAAAACCGUCCAGCACAAAGAGGCGGAAUUCCUUCAGAAGCUGCUGCCCGGUUAUUACAUGAACUUGAAUCAGAACCCGCGGACGCUGCUGCCCAAGUUCUACGGGCUGUACUGCGUGCAGUCGGCCGGGGCGAUCACGCGCGUGGUGGUGAUGAACAACGUGCUGCCGCGGGCCAUGAAGAUGCACUACAAGUACGACCUGAAGGGCUCCACCCACAAGCGCCGGGCCUCGCGGAAAGAGCGGGAGAAGAGCAGCCCCACCUGCAAGGACCUGGACUUCCAGGAAACGCACGAGGACGGCCUGCACUUCGACCACGACACCUACAGCGCCCUCAUCAAGACCCUGCAGAGGGACUGCCGGGUUCUGGAGAGCUUUAAGAUCAUGGACUACAGCCUGCUGCUGGGCAUCCAUGUGCUGGACCAGAGCGCAAAGGACAGGGAGGCGGAGCAGACGGGCGGGGCAGGGGCGGGAGCGAUGGGCGGGGCAGGAGGGCGGCCUGUGGCCCAGAAGGUGCUGUACUCCACGGCCCUGGAGUCCAUCCAGGGGGACGGCAAAGCGGGCGAGGCUGUGACCACCGACGCCACUAUGGGCGGAAUUCCUGCAAAGCACAAAGAUGAGAAGCUGCUCAUCUUUUUGGGCAUCAUUGACAUUUUACAGUCCUACAGGUUCGUCAAGAAACUGGAGCACUCCUGGAAAGCUCUGGUGCAUGAUGGGGACUCGGUGUCUGUGCACCGGCCUAGUUUCUAUGCCGACAGGUUUCUGAAGUUCAUGAGCAACACCGUGUUUAAGAAGAUUCCUGGCAUCCGUUGUACUUCCUCCAAGAGGAAGAGGAGCUCAGUCAUGGCGCAGAAGUCUGCCUCCCAGGAGCUGCUGUCCUCCCACAGGGAGGAGAAGAAGGAAGAGAGGAGAGAGAGACUGGAGCGGGCACGCAGCCUAGCUAGCCUCAACGGACAUGUGCCCUACCGGCAUCCUGACCAGGCCGCGCUCCCAAAGGGCCUGUACCGGGCCAUCUCCAUGGCACCCACUACAUCUUCCUCGUCCCUGACUACUAUCAAUCAAAAUCUGGAGACUAAGUCAAAGAGCAGUGGUGACGUCUCUCGCUCCACCCUCACUCUAAAGGACAGCUCCUCCUCUUUGGCAUCUGCUCUCAGUGGGUCAAACAGGGACAAAGAUGACGGGACCGUACUGGAUGUGUACUUAGUGAGUACCUGUCCAAACAAUUCUGCCUGACCUGUGGCAUCACCCUUCUGUUGAGUUCCAGUGACAUCACCACCAACUCCACCCCUUGUUUAGUUCCAGCGACAUCAUCACUGACUCCAUCCCUCUGUUCAGUUCCAGUGACAUCAUCACUGACUCCACCCCUUCUGUUCAUUUCCAGUGACAUCAUCAUUGACUCCACCCCCCUGUUGAGUUCCAGUGACAUCAUCACUGACUCUACCCCUCUCUGCUAUUGGUUUGCAGUGAGAUCGUCACUGACUUCACCCCUCUCAGUCGGGUUCCAGUGACAUCAUCACUGACCCCACCCCCCUGUUCAGUUCCAGAGACAUCAUCACUGACUCCUGCCCUCUGUUGAGUUCCAGUGACAUCAUCACUGACUCCACCCCUCCCUGCUGUUGGUUUGCGGUGAGAUCGUCACUGACUCCACCCCUCUCAGUCGAGUUCCAGUGACAUCAUCACUGACUCCACCCCUCUGUUGAGUUCCAGUGACAUCAUCACUGACUCCACCCCUCUCUGCUGUUGGUUUGCAGUGAGAUCAUCACUGAUUCCGCCCCUCUCAGUCGAGUUCCAGUGAUGUGUGAAGGCUGAUGGUCACUGACCACCCUCCCGUUUAGGACUUAACACUGGGGAACACCCCCACCUGUCAAUCACCAUCAGUUGGCAUACUCCACUCACCUGUCAAUCAUCAUCAAUCAACAAAUUCCCCUCACCUGUCACCCACCCAUCAAUCGUUACACCACUCAUCUGUCAAUCACAACACUCCAGGUACAUUUGGGCAAGAAGGUUGUGGGUUUGAAUCUCGGCUUGGGCCUUUCUGUGCAGAGUUUGCAUGUUCUCCCCAUGUCUGCGUGGGUUUCCUCCAGGUACUCCAGUUUCCUCCCAUAGUCCAAAGACAUGCAGGUAGUUUAAUUGGUGACUCUAAAUUGCCCAUAGGUAUGAGUGUGUGAGUGAAUGGUGUGUGCCUUGCGAUAGAUGGGUGGCCUGUUCAGGGUGUAUUCCUGCCUCUUGCCCAAUGCAUGCUGGGAUGGGCUCCAGUACCCCCCACGACCCUGCCAGGGUAAGCGGGUAUAGCUAAUGGCUGGAUGGAAGAACAGUCAAUCUAUAUGAUAUCAGAUUUACAUGACAUUUACAUGUCAUCAUAUAUCCAUGUGCAAACAUUUCCAGAUGUCAUCAUAAAACUAGAUUUAUUUAUGUAAUAAAAUACAUUUCCCUUUUGUGCAUGCCUUAAGAGAAUGUUUACAGUUUUGUGACCUGUUGUCAAGCAGAAUCACAGUGUAAUUUAAAUUCACUUUCCAGUUGAAGGAGACAGGUAUGAUGUCACUUUAGACUCCACCCUCUGAAGGGGGUCUUAAAGAGACUGUCCUUUUGAAACGUUCUAAUACAUUUAAGUACUUUAUAAAGUUGAAGAAGGAUAUCUGAUAAGAAAUCACAGAACAUAGUUUGUAAAUUAUCAGGUGUAUUUUUUUCUGUAAUACCACCAUCUAUUAAUGUAUUUUGCAGUAUUGAAAUACUUGCAAUAGUUUAUGGAUCUAUAGUUUAUGGAAUUAUUCAAUAUUUUUGAAGUGAGGAGAUGGAUUUAUAGAUAAAACUGUGUGUUCGUGCAAGUAAUGUCAGACGUAUUGUGUGUGGUAACUGCAGAAUAAUUGUGUCUGUAUUUGUAAUGAUUCAUUACAUCAGUUAAAUUAUCUUUGAAUGUUUGAUCGAGCUGUGUUGCGUUUGAGAGUAAUUUAUUGAGCAAUUAAACAUGGUACUGUUGGCAGAUUAUGAAAUGCAAAGAAAAGCUGUGUGUAUAGAAAAUAAAUAACUUAUUUUAAACUCUG